GCUAAGUUUUCGUAUAAAUACGACGGGAUGCGGCUAGUUAUGCAUUUGUUCUUCGAACGAGAAAUUAUAAUAUUAAAUUAUACGUAUUAACGACAUGUGUUUAAAGACAAUUUUCGUUCUAUCUGCCUGUUUGGCUUUGGCUCUCGGUGCAGUUAUCGAACUGAGAGCUAAACGGCAAAUAAAUUCCUCAUCUAAAAAGUCCGAAUUACCAAGUUUUUCUGACAGCUUUGGUAGUGGAUCAGAGUCGAAUUUUGACAGCACAAACUUAACCAGCUCGGGUGCGAGUAGCAUUGGCGGAGGAUUUCAGAACGCUGGAAAGAGACUGCAGAAUGCUUUCAAUGAGACUUAUCAAGACGAGAGAAAUUCCGUAUCCGACAGUUACAACAGCGUCAAAGACCGUUUUCACCAAGACAUCGAAACAGCCGGAAAUUUGACAAAAACUGCCUUUGAUCUUGGUACGAUUUUACCGAAAUUCGGCAAAAAUGUCAUAAUAAGCGAUUCAAAUUAAAGCUAUUUCUUUAGUCCUUUCUUUAUCGUAUAUUAAUUUUCACAAUGACCGUUGAGUUUGAAAAAUAAAUAACUUAUUUGCAUAAAAA